CGUCAGUUAUCACGGUCUCUUUCUUCGCUAUUUAUUGCUACUUAACGCGGGAGUAAAUACUGUUUCACGAUGCCCGAUUUUUUCUUCGACAAUCCUCUUUUCUAUACUGAGUUAUCCACCGUAUCGUAGCUCUUCUUUUCCAAUUCCUUCGUUUGCAGUCGAGUCUACGUCGAUGCCCACGACCUACUCGCAUACAGACAAUAUUUAUCGUCCUACAGAUCCAGAUAAACUUCCCCCAAGUUCGAUCUUACCGCGCGAACGUUAUCGAGACUUUGCGCGACGUUAAUGUUCAACCUGGGCCCAGGAUUUAUGCUCCAACCCAAUCGACCUGUGGCUAUAAAUUCUCUGCAAAUUGGGUUUGUCGAUGUAUGGCCUCGUAGAUUCAACUUUGUUGAUAUUUAGCCAUUCGAAUCGAAUACUUUCAGUCUCAUAGGUUUGGAGUAAUGCUUUGGUCUCGUCGCAUCGGUUCGGAGUAGUAGAGCUUCAGUCUAGUCGGUUCGGAGACGCAACUCCUCGCUCCCAUAACUAAAAUUUAACUCGAAUUCCCAAUUCAACAAUCGACUAAAUCAUCAUCUAUUUUUGCGAAUUCCAAGGUGGUUCAUCUUCGAGGUAGUAGUACUCCAAGUUUCUAGUGGCAGGGCACCGCGUCGGGUCGACACGCGGUUGGCGGCAUGCGCUCGGACGAACGCGUGCAUUCGUGAGCGCAUGUGUACGGAUCUAUUGGUGUGUGCGUGUGCGUGGGACCUUGAAUCAAGCAGCCUUUGUCGCGAGAGUCGAGCGGGCGCGGGUGCGCGCGCUCGCCACCACGAGGUCGGCGAAAGUGUACCCGGAGCUUUUUUGCUCGGAGCCGCCGCGAGGAGAGCUCUUUUUUUCUUCGCGUUUCCUUUUUUCGGGCUAGCGAACGGGGUGCAGGCCGACCAGCGCCGGCACCGCCAUUUUUGCUUCGCUGUAAUGCCGGAAUUAGCGCGCAGCCUGCACCGUCGUGAAAAACAGACCUUAUCGCGGAUUUAUGCCUGCGGAAACGAAGAUAAGCUGUACUGGGACCGAAUAAUAAUUACCCCCUGCCGAAUGGUGCCGAUUUUUCACCGGUUCCCUCGCGUCCGCUUCCGUGACGGACGAUGGCCGAAUUCAGGAGUUUUGGAGCGGCUGGUAUACCUUCCUUCCAGUGUACCAGUCCUCUAUAUUAAUUUAAACAGGAUAUCCCGAGAUUUUCCCGCCAAAAAUGAGGGGUUUAUUUUAUAAAUAAAAGUAUGAGAGAAAUGCAAAAUCGAAAUACGAGAAUGCCCUCCUAACUUUGUCGAACACUAAACGGUUUUGUAUCGGGGAUAGCCUUUUCGUGUACCCGGUUUACGCCAAUUCCCAAGACUGCUUCUGUUCAAGGUAGUCGCGUAUUGGAAAGGGAGCAAAGGGCCACGAGGAACGAACGGUCGGUCGGCUGGCCGGUUACCGCGAAACCGCGUGCAAAAGCGUCGACACGAAAUUCGCCCGCGUCACGAUAACGCGGCGCGACGCUAAACCCGAGUGAAACAAAGGAGUUCGAGCCAGCCCAGUGUAUACUGCUCGAUACGGGCUCACGAUAAUAACGAAACGAGACGCGCAGAAUUCCGCGACGUCGUUUCUCAUAAAAAGGAAACACAGAAGUGACCAGACGAGCAAUUAUUCUUCGCUAAAUAUAGGGGGUGCAAUGUGAACAAUUUUUUUACAUUUAUCAGAAAAUUGGGAAAUUUGUGGAUUUGGAGAAGAAUUUUCAGUUUGGAUUACAAGUGACCUGACCACCGCCACUUAAGGGUUAAAAAGGAAUAAGGUGUCUUCGGUCUGAUUUGAUUUCAAACCUACACUCGUAUUUAGUAUGAUAUUACAAUUGUUAUUUUAAUCGGACACGAUGUUUACAUGUUUGUGAUUAUCUUAUAUAAUCUCACUGAAUAUUUUGUAAAUAGCUUCAUGAUGUUUUAAUACAGUGGGUAUGUUAGCCUACUUUGUACCUAUUCGUUUCGGAGCGGUGCAUUCGUUUCUGAUGCACUUUUCAAUGCAGCAUGGCCUACCGUUGCAGUGGUCGCACUUUACUUCAAAAUAUUUUUCUUAAAAUGGAAGCUGUUUACUGAAAGAUUGUAUUCUACAUUUUUCAUACAUUCGUCGCUGUAGAAUCAUCUGAGACUUCGAUCUUUGCUCGGCAACAAUGUAUACCAUUCACAAUUCAAGAAUAUUUCAUCUACUCCGUUUCUUGAAUCGGUCUACUUCGGAGCCGGUUUUCUCCACAUGGUAGCUGAACAUCAAAGAAUUACAUUCUACAUGUUUGAUGCAUUUUUCGAUGUAGAAUCGGCCGAGACUUCGAUCAUGGAAAUCGGUCGCGUAUAUCGCGAGAAGUUCUCGAAUAUUCCACUCGGCACAAAGGGCAACGAGCACACGCAGGUUUCGUUAGCUUGGUUUUUUCGAUGGCGCGCACUCGUCGCCGUCUAAUAUUAAUUCCAAGCGCGCGGAAUCUCCGAUCUCUUUCUGUUGGCCAGCUGGUUUGUACACGCUUCUGGGAAGCCGCGUCCUGCGUGCCGACGACGGGAUAUAUCGCUCGGUGUCGCUACGCUCGCGACGUCGAGCAGCGCGCGCUAUUGAAUUUUUGUACGCGCUUACAAAGCGGGCCUACGGUCGAUUCGACGAAAGUGCAACUCGACCAGGCGCCAGCUGUUCUCCUCUUUCCGACGCGACGCGUCUCGACGCACACUUCUAGCCUUUCCAAAAUUUUCGUCUCGUCAUCGUUUCGUCUUCCGUUCUGUCUCUUCCGCUACGCGCGGCUAUCGAUCCUUCCAUUCAAAGCAAUUUUCACUCCAAAACACCCGUUGUUUUUAUCAUUUUUUAAUAUUUUUUUUAAAUAAUACUUUAGAAGUUACAAGUCUUCAUGGUUGAAGAACAUUUAGGAAUUUAUAAGAGCCUACACAGUAUAGAGUUCACAGACAAUUUUCGGAUCCAGUAGAGAUUAAUAUUAAAAUAUGCUGGUUGGUCUGGAAAUCAAAUUCUAACUCGAAGGAGUUUCGAUUCGACUUGCAACUGAAUUUCGAAAGAGUUCGAUUCGAUUUGUAAGCGAGGUUUCGAAAGAACGUUUAUUAGAUUCCUCUAGCUGAUACGUCGGCGGCUAGUUCUACGUUCGCUUGACUUUGAAAAUAAUUCAAGAAUAAAGUAGCAUUGAAUACAAUUCUGAUGAAAACUUAAAUUUGAAGAUUACCUAGAGCAAAAAUACCUAGUUCAAUGUAUAUCUGUGCCGUAACGAUGCACGGAGCGAUAAAAGAUCUCGAAAAAGUAGAAAAGUUUCUCGUCAGCUCUGCGCGAGACGGAUGCCGAUACGAGUUGUUGGAUCGACUGGAGCCCCGUUUCCAAGCUGGUCGAACAAUUUAUAUACGGUCAGAUCGAACGUAUGGCCGCGUUACGAAUUGCCAGUUUCCUUGGAGCAUCUUUUCACGAUGGUUGGAUACCGAUAUCCAUCCAACUCUCGAAAGAAACGCGAUCGAGCCUCGAACUCGGUACACGCUAUCAGAGAGCAACGAAGCGAGUUUCGCGACCUUUAAAGAUUAAAGUUCGCGGUAUUCAGUCUAGACUAGAUUUAUGGAUAGCCAGGAAAGUUCAAUCGCCUGUGGUCUCCUUGUGCAGAUGUUUCGUCAUCGGCUAAAAUCUCCUGAGUUCCAAUUGGAAGCUGAAUUUACGCCGCUUUCGUGCUUUUCCUAUGAGAAUCCUCGAUGUUUAUCGACGGAUUCGAGCAUCCGAUCGGAUUCUUUUUGGUAUUGAUUUUCAACGCGUUUCGAUGUACGACAUUCAGAGAAUCGUGGAGGAUGUGUCUUGUAGUUCGUUUCAGAAUUCUCUUGGCUAAGUCUUUUUCUUCUUUCUCUCCGAGUGUUGUUAUUUUUGAAGCGCUGGAGCCUCGUUCAGGAGCAUUCGAUCCAACUGGUACAAUUUGUAUUUGUCCCCUGUCGAGUGGAAAGUUUUGUAGAAUUUAUCUACUUUUAGUACAGACUUCCUUUUGACAACUUGAUGCAAAGAGAAUCUUUGCGUGCAUAAGGUAGGAUUUACCACAAGAGUUUUUCUGUUGAAAGAUUAAUAACGACAACAUAACUUUAUCAACCAUCAUUGUUGAAAGCGUUUCUUUCGUAUUAUACAUUUGUAAUACUUAUUAAGUUGAAUGACCUAUGCGGGGAUCAUCAAUGACCGUCAUGAGCAAUAAUUUUACCAAAUAUUGAGUUACUCCUCAACACGUUCUUAACAUCUUUAAGCCCAUAGUACCAUUAAUCCUGUAUCAGUGGUAUGAAUAUAAUAAUAAGAAGAAAGUAAUUGAUUAAAUUCCAUGGUGCGUAUUCGAGCGGGUCAUCGGUAGCCCGAAAGGGUUGAUUCGCCACGUGGCAAGCGAAAGUGCACGACGAACGACAGUGCAAGUUUUCAACGAUAGCGAAAGCUCCCGACGGCCACAGCUGUAAAGCUAUUAGAGAGAGAGUUUUGCGGCGGGUCGUUGGAAAAGCGGCCAAGAGAGAGAAAGAGAAUUAUCGUUCUCUCUAUGUACACCAGCCAUUAUGUGCAUCCACCAGCGAUGCAAAAGCUGCUGUCAGCGUGCAUCUCUGUGUGGCCAACACGCGUGUGCAAAUCUACGUGUUACAUGAUGGAGUUCAGAGUAUACCGUGUAGUACUAUGUACCAUCAUCGCCAACCAGCGGGAAAGAGACCAUGAAGGGAUGAGAGGGAGGUUAAAUGGCGGUCGAUAUCUCACGGAGGACCAACGUCGCUAUGCUUUUCGGCGAUGGCUUGGAACCUCUUUCGAAUAAACAGAAUUUCGCAAUCUGAUGGAUUAAAAGAUCGUACAAAUCAAUCGCCUUCUAACAAGCCACAUUAACCUCAAGUGAUUUCUAUUUUCUUACGAAGCGCGAAAGAAGUAAUUAGUGUGUUUAUAUCGACGUAAAGAUAAAAAAGAAAAAAAGAAAAAAGCAUAAAAAACAAGAAAAAGAGGAAGAAAAAUAUUCGAAAGAGCUUAGGUUCAGAGGAAGACAAAACAUUAAGAGCUAUAGUAAUCUAAUUAGUGUACAAAGUAUAUCUGAAACAAAAAGAAAAAUAAGAAGAAAAAAAAGAUAAAGUCCGCCAGUGCCAAAUCAAAGGAAAGGUAAACAAAGUAAGACGAUUAUAAUAACAAAAAGUAGGAAGGGAGACACGAAGACAAAAAGGGAAGAAGAGUAUAAAAAAUAUUGCGCGAAGAAAAGGAAAAAGAAGGAUAAAAAAAAAACCGUAAACCAAAGAAUCUACCAUUUCUUUUUUCUACUAAUCACUCAGCAAGCUAACGAUAUACACUUGGUAACCAGCGAGGAAGCGAGCGAGCGAGCAAGCCCGCCCAAUCUCUUCGCGAACAGAUUAAUUAAGUGGGAAUAGCCGAACCGACAAAGUUUUCUAAGCUAUAAGGAAGUUUUAUGUAAUAAGCGAGUAAUAAAGUAAAGUAAGAGUAAAGUUUUCAUUUUUUUAAACAAACGGACGCACCUACUACAGAGAGAGAGAGAGGCAGAAAGAAAGUGAGAGAGCGAGAGAACGAGAGAACGCGAGCGAGUAUCUAAUUAAGGAAGGAGUCCCAUCCAAAGCGAAAGACAGACGGAGAACGCAGGCCGCCCUAUAUAUCCAGAAAAGGGGACUCGCAUAUAAUUACUCCCAGAGAAACCGAUCUACUUCAGUUCGUAGCCUAAACCUGUUGAGUACAAACGACAGAAAUAGAGUUAUAGAGAGAGGUAGAAAAGCCAGUGUGCGAGAACGAGAGAGAGAGAAAGAGAGAGAGAGAGAGAGAGCAAGUAAAAAAGCACGUGAAAGUGAGAAGAUGAACGAGAGAGAGUGAGAGCGAAAGAGGAACGAAGCUCUAAAUUUCGAAAGAAGACAAAAAUUGAGAUAAAAUAAACAAUCACACAAUCGUACACCUACAGCUAUACACACACGUACAAAUCGAAGGAAGAGGAGAGAAACCGAAAGCGGAACGAAACGAAAGAAGAAUUCGGACGCGUUUCUGCAUCAAGGCAUUUACUUGAAAGGAAGAAAACGUUUGGAAGGCAAGAAGGACUCGUCUCGUUCUGCCAGAUGUCAGGGUGUCGAACAGCACGCGUCGGGCAGCGCGGAUAAUCCCGAUAACGAGUAUCCAGUCACGAUCGUAGAAAACGAAGAGAAGUGGCAGUGCAAGUGGAAGGUGGAAGUGGCAACGGACGAAGAGGAAGUGGUGGAAGGUUGGAAGGUUACAAGAUUCGUCGUUAACCGUCGAUCCGUUUAUCCAGAAGACACAUAAGAAAAAAGAAUCGAGAAGGGUAACGCGACCUCCUGCGAGCAGGGGGCUCGAGUCGAGAUGACGUGGCGAGGAAGAUGAGCGCCGAGGUCACGAAGGAGGUCGUCGCCACCGAGAGGGUAGCAGGUAGCCCUCCGGCGGCGGUAGCGACCUCGCCGAGCUCGGUCGGUCCAGGUGAUCCGGCGCGUCACCUACCACCGUUCAGCAGCUUUGCCGGGGACAACGCGAUGGACAGCUCGACGACACUGACUACCCUUCAUCCCCAGGACGUUGGACUGGGUCUGACGUCCUCCUGGGACUACUACGAGGGACUGACCGGUCGAUUGAUCGAUUCUCGUGGCGAGGUUGUGCUCGCAAGCCAGUACAGGCCUUGGGAGUCGAAGAACGCAGCCGGUGGAGGUGGACCGCCUGGCGAAGGUCUGCCAAGCUUCGCGAGUCAAUUCACGGCACCGAGCGAAGCCGAGCCCCAAUUGACCGCGCUCACCCCAUUGUCACCAGCCUCGAUAUCGCACUCUCCACCGGUUACCUCCGCUGUCGGUCUGCCGAGUUUCCAUACCCUCGGUACACCGCUUCCAGCGCCCCAUCCUCACAGAGGCAGCGUGGGAUAUCCGUUGGUGCCGGCGCCGGUACAAGCCAGAGAGGUGCCUGCCCUUCAACAGCAACUACUAGACGAGAGGCAUAUACAAUUGUUAGGCUCCAGUCCCGUACAAGCAUUUCCACCACCGCCUCCUGGUCACCCGCACCACACGGUGCUGACUGUGGUCAAGCCAGAAUACCCGCAAUUGCAUCACGCUAACUUCCAAAACCCUAUGUCCACGGUGCUAGACUCGUCGCCUACCUCCAGGCCGAUCGGCAUCGACGGCAGGAAGAAGGAGCGCAGAAAAAUACGUGCCGGCUCGAUGGAGUCCGAGGACAGCGCCGGGGCUGGCAACGUCGAGAGUUCCGGCCAGGUAGCCGCAGUCUCGUCCACCGCGAACAGGGGACCUCAUCACCUGGGCGGCGGCAUAGCUGACGCCGACGGCGACAGUAGCCUCAGCGACAAGCCGGCCAAGAAAAAGCGCAAAAGGUGCGGCGAGUGCAUCGGCUGCCAACGGAAGGACAACUGCGGGGACUGCGCGCCGUGCCGAAACGACAAGAGCCACCAGAUCUGCAAGAUGAGGCGAUGCGAGAAACUCACCGAGAAAAAGCACCUGUACCAUCUGCAGACGGGCGAGGGUGCGUUCAGGGAGAGGGGCAGGGGACGAGGCAAAGGUGCAACCAGGAGUUAUCGAAAGAUCGCACGGCAAGUCAGCACACCGGACAGCGCACCUGCAGGCUUAGGCAGUCCACAGGCUGGCAUCGGUGGGCUACAACAACAUCAGCAACAACCGCAACAGCAAACGCAACAAACGCUACAUCAGCCGGAUCCCAUGCAGCAAUCCAAGGACAAUCUGAAUCCCGCGGCGAACCAGCAAACCGGUGCACUUAGAAACGGAAAUCCUCCGCCUCCUGUCGUUUCUAUGUCACCCGGAGUGAUGCCGUUCUACGGCGAUUCUGGUGCCGGCUUCCGGCCAGCAGCCGGUUUUGGGAAUACUGUUUGGCACCAGGGAGUUACUCCCGUGGGAACAGUUGCGGUUGAAACGUCAGCAGCACCAUGGCCACCUCAGCAGUUCAUUCAACAAAUUCCUGCUCCGAAUCAGCUCGAAGAGCUGAGGUAUCAUACUCAGUACACCGCUGCCGCUCCAUACCACCCACAACCAGUCGCAUAUCAGCAGCAGACUUUCAUUACUACGGAUCAGUCGGCAUUUCAACGAGCCGGAGCGACAGGACAAUACACAAUCACGGGGCAGCCCUCGCCCUUGCCACCAGUCGCCCCGCAAACGGUACCAUCGACAGCUCAGAGGCCACUAAACGGUCAAUUCAUGGAUCCCGCUGCUACUGCGACCCAAUCAGUUGGUUAUGAAAGGCAGGAUUACGUCAAUGGUUACCAACAACAGGACGUGACGAUGGCACCACCGCCUUCAACCACCCCCACGAGUCGUAGUAGCUCGGUGCACAUGGAUAACCAGCAACAACAACAAGCAUCCCAGCAGGCACCGUCGCAACCCCAGCAACAGCAGACCGACACUCAGGUGAAAGGAUUCGCGACGAUCGCAGCCAGCAACGUGUCGGGAAACGAGAUGCCUGGGUAUCCACUUCAACCGGGCCCUCAGAGUUUACACAACUCUAACGGAUAUCCAGGCUACGUGGAAAUGGGUCAGCAACAAGUACAGAACCAAUGGCAGCCCCAGGUGGCUCAACAGCAGUCGCAUCAGCAGCAACAACAACAGCAACACCAACACAUGCAACGGCAGCAUUCGGUGUCCGAUGCUGGACAACGACACAUAUGGUCCGACACUAGUACCGGUGCAAAGAUGAACAACGUAAGCAACAGUAUGAAUUGGUCGGAUGGAACGUUGCAGCAACAGCAACAACAGCACCAACAACAGAAAUCUCAACAGCAACAGCAACAAUCGAGUAUGCAGAGUAACAGUAUGAAACAGCAAGAACAGCAACAGCAACAGAGCAUGCAGAUGCAGGGGCAACAAGAAUUACCCAGGCCAGCCAGUCACAUGAGCUGGGAAAAUGGUAGCGUGAAGGAGACUCCGCAUACACCGCAAUCGUGGACAGACAAUACAGAUAAUCAACAGCAACAAACUCAGGGAAAUUGGUCUCGACAAAGUCCGAAGCUGAGGGACACGCAGAAUCCAAGAUUGACACCCUCUAGUCAACAACAGCCUCAGCACCAAGGGUGGCUACAGCAUUCUCCGAAGUUGUCGGACCAUCAACAGAAUCCGUCUCACCAGAACGCCAGAAUGACGCCUUCCGGCCAACAACACAGUUGGCAACAGAGUAGUCCAGAGAUGCAGGCACAACAGAACUCUAAUCAAUCGAAUCCGAGGUUAACGCCGCAGCAACAACAACAGCAAACGCAGCAGCAACAGCAGCAACAGUGGUCGCAGCAGACGAAGAUAGAAAAGAAUCCUAGACUCACACCGUCUAAUCAAAUGUCCUGGCCAGACACGCCAACUAGUCAAUCGAAUUGGUCGCCGAAUAGUAUGAAAAGCGACGGUAGUCAACAACCGCAACAACAAUGGCCAGACUCACAGCCUAGUCCGAGGAGAACGCCCGGUCAUCAACCGGCCGCGUGGCAGCCUCAGCCACAAGAGAACAAAAUGGACAACCAGAUGUCCUGGUCGCCUAGUUCGGUGGCCGAGAAUCAACCUACCUGGGGCCAACAGACAACCAAGCAAGAUAUGCAGAACUCCGGGGAAAGAGUGCUUUGGCAGCAACAAACAACGGACACCGGUAAACCAAACGGGUUCUCGGAUAACCAAGAUGCUCAGGAGAGUAACGUAUUUGCUCAAUCUAAUCGUGUUAAUUUGAACAGUCGACUGAAAUCUAUGAUCCUGAAUAAACAACAACAGCAGCAGCAGCAACAGUUGCAACAUCAACACCUUCAACAGCAGCAGCAGCAGCAAGCUCAACAGCAGGCUCAGCAGCAGGCUCAGCAGCAGGCUCAACAGCAAGCUCAACAGCAAGCUCAACAGCAGGCUCAACAGCAGGCUCAACAGCAAGCUCAACAGCAAGCUCAACAGCAGGCUGCACAUCAGAUGAGCCAUCAGGAACAACAACAGCAACAACAACAUCACAAUAUGCACCAUCAGAUGCAAUCUCAUCACGUGAAUAGUAAUAGUGGAACGAAUCGGGAUUAUCACAGCGAAGAUCGGAUGCGAGACUCGCACGAAAACUCGGACAAAAUGCAGGAGAAACAACAAAAUGAACAGUAUUUAAGCCAGUCGAACAUGAUCUCGAUGACGCAGUCGAACGAAUCUUUGACCGGUAAUUUUUUAUUGCAUAGCCACCACCCUCGGGCCGAUAGUUUGCCCGACGGUGGUGGCUUAUGGGAGUGGUCAGGAGGAGGAAACAACGGCAGUGUACUGUCUGAGAACGGUAUGACGGUCAUCGAGAGUUUCAUGAAGUUCGGCUCGGAGAACAAAACCGUACUAGAGAAACCCUGUGAGAAACAACAAGAGGAACAUCAAGAACAACAGCAUUUAUGGAAAGAGGAGAUGAAGAGCAACGACAAUCAGACCAUCGACGACAAAUCGUUUCAAAGAAGUUUGUGCUUAGAUCAGACCAACAACGACAAAGUUUUCGAGCAGUGUGAAAACAACGCGGACAACAGCGAGAAGUGUGAGAACAGUCUCGGUUUCCCGGAAACGACACAGGUGUCGUUGAUCAACGAGGAAGACAGACCGUACGUGGAGAGCACCGACAAGACAACGUCCACGGGGACGAACUGCGAUUCCUCGCAGAUCAUCAAGCAGGAAAACGUCGGCGAAUACGGUUGUUCCAGUUCCGACUGCGUUUCAUCCCCGGCAGCCUCGUCCAAAAGCGAAAGCUGUACAACGAAGGAGAUCAAAAGCGAGCCGGAUCAAAGAUCUCAGGAAAACUCCGAUUACAUGUUCCGUGGAGACGGUGGUCCUGCCAAAGUAACAGCAGGCACCGGUUCUUGGUGUUGUCGCAGAGGCGGUACCGAACAACCGACACCAGAACAUCUACGAGACGGUUGUUGUCAAGGUCUGCAAACAAGGGACGAGAUACUAGCCGACUCAGCGGACAAGUCCGACGUAAAGAACGAAGGUCCACAGAGUCCUAGAAGCGGUAGCGUGCCAUCGGCAACGACUAAAUUGCAAGAUCACUUGGACAAACUGAAGAACAAUGUCAGGACCGAAGUGCCGGACUGCAACUGCUUCCCCGCCGACAAAUGUCCACCAGAACCCGGCUCGUACUACACUCAUCUCGGGGCGGCUGCAAGCCUGCCUGACCUACGGAACGACCUUGAAAGAAGAACCGGCCUUAAGGGAAACGCCAUAAGAUUCGAAAAGGUCAUCUACACUGGAAAGGAGGGAAAGACGACUCAGGGAUGUCCGAUGGCCAAGUGGAUACUCCGACGAUCCGGUCUGGACGAGAAGAUCUUGACCAUAGUGAAACACCGGCAAGGACACAAGUGUCCUACAGCUUGGAUCGUCGUGGCGAUGGUAGCCUGGGAAGGUGUACCAACCCAUGAAGCCGAUCGGAUAUAUUCCCUCCUGAGCCAUAAAUUGAAUCGAUUUGGUCUUCCAACGACCAGAAGAUGUGGAACGAACGAACCGAGAACCUGCGCCUGUCAAGGCCUCGAUCCUGAUACUUGCGGUGCAAGCUUUUCCUUUGGAUGUUCCUGGUCCAUGUAUUAUAAUGGUUGCAAAUACGCCAGAAGUAAAACCGUCCGUAAAUUCCGACUAUCAGUACGAUCAGAGGAGCAAGAAGUCGAAGAAAGAAUGCACGUCCUAGCUACGCUUCUGUCGCCUCUGUAUCUCAGCCUUGCACCGGAAGCAUUCAACAAUCAGACGCAAUUCGAACGGGAAGCGAGCGAGUGCCGUUUAGGAUUCAAACCUGGCCGACCAUUUUCCGGUGUCACGGCUUGCAUUGACUUUUGCGCGCACUCGCAUCGUGAUCUGCACAACAUGAACAAUGGAUGUACCGUGGUGGUUACCUUGACGAAACAUCGCACUUUAUCAAAACCUGAAGACGAACAGUUACACGUACUUCCGCUUUACAUCAUGGACACUACGGACGAGUAUGGGUCGAAAGAGGGACAGGACGAGAAGGUUCGGGAUGGAUCUGUAGAAGUAUUAACAAAGUAUCCCUGCGAGGUCAGAGUUCGAUCGGUUCCGCUGCAGCCCUGUAGGCGACACGGUAAAAAGAGAAAGGAAGACGAACCGGACACGGUGAGCAACAAAAAAGACGGUUCAAAGAAUACAGGGGAGAAAAUGAACGAGCAAGGUCGUGUACCGGGUCACCAAGAGGCAGCGAAACCGCAAAUGAGGGAUACACAGCUCUCCCUGGAAAUGGCGUCGAUGUUCGAAGGGAUGGACGCGCAGUUGCAGAGCUCUCAGGUAUCCUCUACCGUUCUUGACAGUCCGGUGUCCAUGUAUCAAGGUUGGGGUUAUCAGAACGAACAACAGUGGGGUAGAAACGGUUGGCUCGAUCAACGAAAGAACAACUGGCUGAAUCCAUGGGGAGAGUAUUCUUUCGGUGGUUUGGACAGGGAAGCUAAAGUUGAUCCAGACAGUACCAGUCUGGAUGAUACAAGGCCUAGGAGCGCCGUUUCUCAGGACGACCAUCGGCCAGGCUCACGAAAUUUACCUAAUUCCACCAUAGACUCGCCAAGGAAUUGUUAUCCUCAUUCGCCAAGAACUCAUCCAAUUUCACCAAGGAGUUCUCACGCAGGUACACCCGGGGACGUUUGUUAUUCGAUGUCUCCCAGAGGUUGUCCUCCCACGCCACACGAUCAGAAGAUGGCUUCGCCAAGGAGCUCAGGGUAUCCUGACACCGGUUACACCCACGUGCCCACAUCCAGAAAUUAUAACGUGUACGACAACAGGCAGGGUAGUGCAUCUCCAAAGACAGGCUGUACAAAUUUCCCGCCUCAUUUGGAUCAAAGAAGCGCUCUCGGCCGUAACCACCCGCAGCACAUCAACGCUCUUCGGCAGAGUUGCGAACAGUCGAAAUUCCCCUUCUCGAAACCUGCGCAUGAUUCUAGUCAGCAAAAGUACCAUAUGACGCAGAACUACUUAGAGGCUCAAAAGUCGCAGACCGAACAGUCGUUCACCGGUAGAAUACAAGGUCACUACCCGUCGCAUCCUGUCCAGUCGGUCAGAAACCAUCCUUAUCAGAAUCAACACGAUUCAAACAUGGACGUGUACCCGGGGCUCUCGGCGGUAUCUCCCUGCAUGGACAACGCUAGUCAUAAAGCAUUCGGUGCUACGAAUCCGGAUCUGUUGCUUCACAGCUCGUCGCAUCUUCCACCGAAUAAUCAGCAAAACGGUGCUCAGAAUUAUAGCCCGGUUGAUCAAAGGAGAUAUAAAACGCAGAAAGUACCGGAACAGAGGAUGCCUGGAGUGAAUCACAUGUCGCCAGCUCCCUCUGAUCAAGCGGGUGGUUGGAACAUGCUCGGCUCCUGGUACCCUGAUCAAUCUAAACCUUACAAUCAACAAAUAAUGUACAACGAUCAAAUUGCUUCCGAAAGAACUCAUCAACAACCUGUAGAUCAUCAGAAAACUCUGAACUGGAACGAUAGAAUACCACAUCCGGAUCAGCCGAAGCCACCCUGUUGGGAAGCACCUCCGGAUCCUUCUCCCUUCCGAGUGCCAAAAGGAAGACCACCUUCGAGGACAGCGUCGAGCCAGAAUCCGAAUGCAGACAAUACAUAUCAAAAUUCUUCCAAUAGGACGUUUCUGAAACCUCAAGAACCGAUGCGAACCGCCGUUUACGCGGACAGUCUGAGCAAUGGAGUGCAAAGUAUCGGAACGAUGCAUCAGAGUAAUCAACGGAAACCAGAAUGGCCGGAGGAGAACAAGAUAAAGGAAGGAUUCCACGAUAACAGACAGAAUGUAGCGAAUCCAAACUCUAACUGUUUCCCAUGGCCAGAAGAAAUGAAGCAAGUGCAAGACUUCCAUCCAGUGCCAGCCUUGGGACAUCCUCACGCUUCCUUCCCCCAGUACGGACCAUAUCCAACGUAUCCAGUAUUCGAAAAACCUUAUUCUAAUUCGUGGGAAGGUUACAAUUAUCAUCAGACUCCGUAUCAUCCUCAAACACCAGAGUAUCCACCACAGUUUUACCAACAACCAAAGAGAGAAGCCUUUGUCCCAUCGCCACAGUAUCCUUAUCAAGGUGUACCUCCCUAUCAGGGUUUAAAUCCUGGUUGGGCCAGGUGGGAGACACCCAGGUGGGACAUUUACGGACCACCACCGUAUUUCCCGGUGCUACCAGAACCACCGCCGAAAGCAGAACCACUCGGGGAGGUGGCAGACUACUCGGACAACGAGGAAUGCUUCAAGGACUCGCAGAUGGGAGGAGUGGCGAUAGCGCUGGGUCAUGGUAGCGUACUCUUCGAGUGUGCGAAACACGAGAUGCACUCCACCACGGCCCUGAAGAAGCCGAAUCGUCUCAAUCCGACCAGGAUCAGCCUGGUCUUCUAUCAGCACCGUAACCUCAACAGACCGAGGCACGGUUGGGACGAGUGGGAGGAAAAGAUGCGACUAAGAAAAUUAGGCGUAACCAGCACCACCGGCACGACCGCCAUCACCACUUCGUCGACCACAUCGCAGUCAUUGUCCACGCCAUCGACUCCGACCAGUCCUGCCAGCGCAAUCAUCAACGAAAAAUCCAUACCGCUUCCUUACAUACCUCCUGUUCCAAGCUCUCAGUUCAUGAUGAGAUCACCGACUUACACCACCAUGACUUGGACCACGCUCUUCCCCAUGCAUCCGUGCAUGAUAACCGGCCCGUAUCAAGAAGGAGGAGCCAUUGGAUGAGUAACCGUCGGGGGCUACGGUUCAGAUCGAUGACCAAGAACCGUGCCAAGAGUCGACCGAGCUAUCUCGUCAGGCUGAUACGCAGACCAUGUUCUCGAUGAACGCGAAACGAAUCGCGAGGAACAGAGAGAAAAGACGACAGAAACUAUCAAGGGGAUCAAAGACCAAAUGAAAAUAAUCAUAGUAAUAAUAAAGAAAAAAAAGAAGAAACGACAAACCGUCAUCACGAGGGGCUUUCUAUUCUAAUUAUCAUCAUCGUCCUAGAUGAGUAGAGGUUGUUUACCGACGAAACGAGGAAAACACGUUUGCACUGCCAUUUUUCUAUUUCAUGUUUUUGCGGGGAGUAUAAUAAACGUUACACAGAAACGGGAACGACAGUAACGAAGACGAAUCGAAGAUAGGUGGAAACUGGUUCGCAUGCUGAGAUAUAAACGUCGUACGGGAUUCAAUUCUAAUCGGGGCUUCCCUUUUUAUAUCGAUCUUUUACACGAAUCACAUAAGAUGUUGCGAGCGUACUGACACAAGAGACGAAUGAUCAACGUGGAUUUAUACGAAGAAUGAAGAAGAAGAAGAAGAAGAAAAAGAAGAAGAAGAAGAAGAAGAAGUAGAAGAAGAAUAUAUCCGAUCAGACAGAAACUUUGAUCGAGGAUGGAAACAACAAGUUCAAUGAACUAAAUAUGGAUAGAAUGUUAUGGAAACGAAGGAAGAAUGUAACGCAUCCGAUUGUAUAUUUUUAAACGGUUUCGUGUUUGUUGGUAGAGACGUAUAAUUCGUAUUUAGCUAGUCCAAGCCUAGACGACAGGUUUUUAUCGCGACGUUACACGGAGUGGCAAACAUGUAACGCUAACUUGUACGUUGUACAAAGCUGGAUCACAUUGUAUUUAGAGUGACGCAGAGACACGGUUUUUAUCCGCGCAUUCCUUUUAUUUUUUUUUUAAACACGUACCCUUUUUGUCGCAUCCAUCCACCCAAUCGACCAAAUUGUCCGUUCGAUCAACACCAUAGGUUUUACACCCCCAUUCCUCACCCACACCCUCCACCUUUUCAUCCAUCCAACCACCUUUUGAGCAGCGUUAGUUUCGAAUCGAUUCUGUUUUUGUACAGGUCAUCAUGCACAAUCUCGAGACGAGACAACCGCGUUUUUAAAGAAACAAACUAUUGCGGUGGUUCGCCAUAGAUACACGUGACACACACGUACAUAUAUAUUAUAUAUAUAUAGACACAAGAAAAUGAUCUCAAGUUUUUUAUGCUAAUUAAUUAAACGAUAAUUAUCGACGUUUGAUUCUCUUUUUCUUCUCUCUCUCUCUCUCUCUCUCUCUCUCUCUCUCUCUCUCUCUCUCUCUCUUUCUCUGCUUUUUUUCUUGUACACUACUGUUUCUAUCUACAGCGAGUUAGAAAAUUAUUUGCAAUUUGUAAAAUUAAGCUUGCAAGUUUUUAAAAAUUUGUUGAAAUUAACCCUCGAAUGGUGGUUGCUGGGUGACUCAACGAAGAUGCAGCUCUAAUCAUGCACUCAGAUUUUUAUAUAUUAUCUUUUUUAUAUAAUACGUGAGAGAUUUGUACAUAUUAUCUUAUGUAGUGUAUUUAGAAUACAGUGCACUAAAGGGUUGAUCUAUUUUACGAAUCAGAUACUAUUUAUUUAGAAUCGCAACUUACAAAUUUAUUAUAUAAUUUUUAAAUAAAAAUGAUCCUUGAUUAUCUUAUGCGAAUAAUUCUCUGAUUCACUGUAUUUCGUUUAAUUUUUGUUCGCCUGUUGUACAUGUUGCGCUUGUUAAAUCAUCGUAUUUAUUAUGUUAUUUUGUCACGAUUGCACGUGUUUGCACCCGUAGAUCUAUUUUUACCGUCACGUUAAAAUCCUCUAUACACACAUACAUACAUUACUAAUUAAUUAAUUCUCGUCCUUCGGUUCGAUCGAGUACAAAAACACAAAAUAAUAGUAUCGUAUCAUGAAAGGUACACUUUCAAAGUGGGAUGGUGCCGUCUUCUUCGUCGACUACGUUCUUCCGACUGUCUAUUCCAAUCCCUAUUGUAGAAUUAAUCAACAUUAUGAAGGAUCGAGCCCUCUUUCGAGCCAGGAAGAUAGCUUUUCGUUCGCUAAGGAAAGAGCCAAGCGAGUCUAGAGAAGGAUGGUUUCGAGUUAGAACCAAAAACGCGUCUUUCGAACCGAUCCCUAUUUCUUUGUCAUUGUAAAUAAUCCAGCCAGUAUCAUUUUAUCUUCUGAUAGGACCCAGUGAUUUUUUUUUUUUUUAUUAUCGUCAUUCAGGUUGCUCUUCGAUCGUUUGUCGUAGCUCGAUUUGAAGAAUGAAUUGGAAUUAUUAACCCUUUCGGGACAAGGGUAGAAAUGAAAUUAGUUCAAAUAUUUAUUUCAAAAUAUUUCCAUGUCUUACAUGGAACGUUUAAGGUUUAUUUAUACAUAUAUCGAUGGAUCGAAUGCGGGCCGAGAUUGGAAUGAUUGAACUGUGAAUGGAUCGCGAGUGGAUCAAAGUUUAAAAAUGUCUAAAUAUUUUUGCGUUCAUGCUACAAUCAGAGAUUAAAAAUCUUAUUAACUCGUAAGUGGACAGUAUAGUCGUUCCAAAUUUGACUCAUGCUCGAUUCGUCUAGGCGUCUAUAGUAUCGAAAGGGUUAAAGAUAUAACGUCGUGCUUUCGAACAAACAAAAGAAGAAGUUCCAUUUGUAAUUUAUUUACGAGGGAAAUAUAGAUAUUCUGUUUUUUUAAUUUUUGUUUUAAUUGUUUGCCUUUCGAGGCUUCGAGGCACGACGCUACCAGCCGGAAGACGAGAACGCGUGCCGGAAGUGCGUUGUGAGGUGUGUCGAUAAAGGACAAAAGGGAUGAAAAUUGUGGUUGCUCGAGAUCGAUGGAUCGAUCGCGGCGCUAGAAAUGAAGGGAGGAGAAAAGACGCGUCCAACCCCUCGCCCAUCGGAGUAUUAAUAAGAAUCAUUAAUAUAUUAUCAUUCAUUAUUAUCAUAACGUAGUUGUAAUAAUAAUUAUUAGCGGCAAACAGUAAUAAUUAGUAAUAUAAUCUAAUUUAAUCUGAUUAUUUAUUGAUUAAGUUCUGACGAGAUGAACGCGUUGUUCGAAUUUUAUUUGCUGCUCUUAUCUUUCCUUUUUCUCUCUUAUCUCUCCUUUCUAAUUUUUUUUUUGUUUGUUUCAUUUUUAGCAGGAAGUACCUCUUCUUUGCACUUUCUUCUUUCGCUUUAUUUUGUUUUAUUAUUAUUUGUACAUUCUUUCGAGCACAAUCGCGAUAUCAUCGAUAGCAAAAGCUCGGGCCUUUUUAAACGCUAGUCGUCCCUUCUGUUAUCUCUUUUUAUCGUUCUUCGCUUUAUCGUACGGCGACUUCAAAGUCCCUGAGUUUUAAACAAAGGAAGGAUACAAUCAAGAGUCGACUAAUUGAUCGAUUCGGUUAGAGAUUAUUUUUAACGAUUCGUCGAGCACCGUUCUUCGAUCAAUUCCCCCGAGAACGAAAAUCGAUCUCAACCAGUCAAUUAAAAUUCUCAACGGAGAAGAAUUCAUCCUGGGAAUCAUUGAAUUCAAACUUCUCUAUUUUUGAUCCAUUUUAAGCAACAAAAUAAAUUUCGCCGUUUCUCAACUUCGUCAUCCCUUUCUUUUUUCUCCGCAAGAAAACGUUCCGAUCGCAAUACUCUUCUUGUUUCUUGCGGCCAUUUUACCGGAAGCAUGGUGACUUCCGGUUCGAUUAAACGCACGCCAUGUGCGAACAAACACGUUUGGUAACCAAUUUCACGAUGCUUUCAAACGCUCCAAUGAUGAUUAAUUAAGAAUUUAAUUAACUUAUUAAUCGAGGUAGAUGAAAUUCAUAAAUUUCUUAUUUUUAAUAUUCUAAAAACUGAAAUUUGGAAAUUAACCAAACACACUGUUAAUUAUAAUAAGGAGCAAUCGUCAGCAUUGAAGGAGCUGUAUUUCUUUCACAAUUCGUACACGUUUCUUUCCUCGAUCGCGGUCUAUAAUACGAUUAGAACACAGAAGCAAGGUUUCUUUUCUCUCGUCGACUUCCGGAAUCGUGCUUGUCAUCAAACUUUGCGUGAGUGAGUGGUGCAUGAGAUACAUAGUUACGGUACAUUCAAACAGGGGUGGAUCCGGUAGCCCUGCUUGAAACUACAGGGAUGAAAUAACUUUUGUUUUACGAAAUUUAAAAUUUUCACAUUUCACAUGAAAUAUAAAAGGUAUUAAAAUCUAAUAAAACUAAAGCAUUAAAAUACUAAUUUUUUUAAGGUUUCAUAUUUCUUUGGAUCCGCCACUGUGUCCAGAGUCGCGAGGAUCGUGUCGACCGUACUACCCUCGUUUGAAAUAAAGGUAGGAAAAGGCUCGUUGUCAUCGCUAUUUUCCUUUUUCUUUAUCUAAUACGCGAACGUUGUGUCGCGACGAUGCCAAAAUAGUAUUAAAAAAAGAUAAACAUAGGUAAUUAGAGCGAGUGACGAGAGGUAUCACUCACUAGCUGUUGUACGAAAUGAUAAGAAAGGGGAAAUAACACGCGAGAACGAUGCCGAUUUUUCUAUUUCGAAGAGAGGACACAAAGAAACGGUUCGAAAGAAGGUUUAAAAAAAAUAGAAUGCAAGAUUCGAAUUGUAGGGAUGAUAACGAUGUACGAGUGAAGCGAAAUGAGAGAAGAAGAAAAAAAAUAGAAAGAAAGAGGUUGAAAACUGUAUUUUUUCUUCCAAUGCCAAAAAGAUGCCAUUUUGUUUUGUACGAAAAAAGUUAUGAAAAAUCCACAAAAAAAUAGAAGAUGAGAGAGAGAGAGAGAGAGAGAGAAUGUGAGACAAGCAGACGAUGGAGGAAGAGUGUAGGUGUAACGGAAAUGGAAGGUUGGAGCGAAACGAGAGGGUGAACAAAUUUUUUAAAUAGUUUGUAGCGAGCGUAUAUUAGAUGUAAUAACAAUUGAAUACAAAUACAAAAAAGGAACACAAUCAUAUAUACACGUACACACACGCAGAAACACACAAAAGAAAUAUACUUCGAUGUAUAUCUGUCUGGUGAGAAUGGUAAUAUAGUAAAAACACUUGUCCGCCUUAUGAAGCAGAAUUAACAAUAGAUAAUUGAUCGAUAAGAAUCGAGAAGGAAAAGCAAAAGGAGAAUAAAGUAAAGGUAAUAUGAUUAAUUAAUGGUAAAAUAAUUGUAGUUUGCCGUAACGCAGAGUUUUGUGAACGGAAACGAUGGUGGAACGGAAACAUAAAUAAAAAAUUGUAGAGUGUAACGAGCAUCAAAUUAUACCUGAAGUGCGAAAAUCGUGAGACGCUCGCCGCGUAUUUAUAUAUAUAUAUAUAAAAUCGAAAAUAAAAAUUAAAAUAUAUAUACAGAAACAAGUGUUUGAAAUCGUUAUAGGAAAAACGUCGAAGUCGAGAGCGGAGAGAGAUAAAAAGUGAAGAAGGAUCGCUCACAAUUUUUGCACUUUAGUACCGAAACAAUAUCCCCUUUGGGUCUCCCCAACCCCCCACAACCCCGAGAUAGGGCAUACGAAAAAUAGCGUUACGUAUACACCGGUUGCAUACAUAUAUGUGUACAUAUAUUUUUGGAUAAAGAACCAUGAGAAGAAGAAAAAAAAUUUUUAAAUCGAAAUUCGGACCGCGACGCGAACACGGAGUCGUCUCGUUGGAUCGUUUCUCGAUCUCGUGAUCGUUGACAAGAAAGCGAAAGAUAGAUAAAAAAAGAGGUAAAUAAGAGAAAGAAAACGUUCUUUGAUAGCUUUACGAAUCCAUUGUGGUUUUUUUCGCCAAUCUUUCGUUCAAUGAUCGACGACUCACGAGGAAAACGCGUUUCUCUCUCGUUCGUGAUUUAAACGAAAAACAGAGACGCAUGAAAAGACGUACAAAAAAGAUAUUAACAUAGAGAGAGACCUUGAUUUUGAUCCAUCGAGACAACGUUCCACACGCGUCGGGUUCAAAAUGUAUUUAUGAAUAUUUAUUUACGCGAGAUUAAACGAGAUGAAAGAAAGAAAGGAAAAAAAAGAUGAAAAUGAUGAAUGGAAGAAAAUCUAAUAUAUUGACGAUUUAAAGAUAGAUGGUCAUAAGUCUAAAAUGUAAGUUUUAUAAUGAAGAUAAAUAUAUAUAUAUAUAUUUACUUGUAAAGUGUUUUAAUAAUGCCUUUCGCCAUGUUCGAAUAAUCGCGCCAAAAAAAAUGACGAACAAGCGAAAGGAAUAGCGAAGCAAUGAGUAAACGAGAAGGGAAAAGAUAAAAAAAUGAAAUUCAUUCUCGACUCGAAAAAGAAAAAUAAUAGAAUCGAUCAACGGUGAACGAGAGUGGAAAAAAAUAAUUAAUUAAACGUCGAAGAAGGAUCUUCGAUUAUCAUCGUGAACGUUGAUGAUGUAUUUUUUAUUAUUAAUAUUAUUAUCAUUAUUUUAUUAUUAUUAUAAUUAUUAUUAUCGUCAUCAUUUUUCUUUCUUGUUUUUUUGUUUCAUUAGAUGUUUUCUUUUGGUUCUCCGUAUUGCGUUAAGGAGGCGAUAAAGCGAAUUGUGACGUACGAUAUGUCGAGCAUCGAUCUACGUGAAUUUCGAUCGAUCGAUAGAUAAGAACUUUGAAAACGAGAAAAUCCACGUGGGUAAGUGGAAAAUACGGAAAACGCGGGUGCGCUUGAGCGAUGAAAACACACAUACUUACACGUACACGAGGAAAGAACACGUACAAAAUCUACAAAUUACAAAACAUACACCCAUACACACAGACACAGUAUGCUUAGAGUUUAGUAGCGAUUCAUUAGACGAUAAGCGAUAGAGUAAUUUAAACUGAUCAUUGCUAUCGAUGACUAUUAUUGACAUAAGAGUACAUUUAGAUGAAGAAUAUGUUAUAAGUAAGAUGUAAUUGUCCUUUGUGAAUAUACAUAAGAGAGAAAUGAGAAAUACAAGAAACUUUUAUGAUAAAA